CCCAGAACUGUAACAGGUUUUGCAACGAACAAGGUCUAGAACUUAACAGCGGUUGAUAAGAGCCCGCUCAAAGCUCAAAGCGGAUGCAAGCUUCGUAAAUCGUGCUGUUUUGACGUAGGAGGACGCAGCCCGAAGAAACUCAGACAGAUACGAUGGGGGGAAACAAGAAGAAGAACCGCCAUUCUAUUCCGACGACACCCUCGCCUGAUAAUACAGUGGUCUAUCCGAGAGCCGGGAAUGCGGGAGAGACAAUGACUAUAGUGUCGCCAGAAGAGAAAACUAAAGCCUUAGCCUCGUCCUUCGACGCUGAGGUGCGCCCUCUGAUAGACCUGGUGGACAGACUCCGAGGGUAUGGUCUGGACAGUGACAUCAACCUCCCUUCCGUCGCCGUCAUCGGGGACCAGAGUGCCGGCAAGAGCUCUGUUCUUGAAGCAAUCUCUGGCGUUCAACUGCCAAGAGGAACGGGCAUAGUAACAAGGUGCCCGUUGGAGAUGCGGAUGAAGCAUUCAGAAGAUGAGGACAUGUGGGCGGGAAAGAUAAUGUACAAGGACAUGUAUGACAUGACCCAUGAGGAAAUCAUUCUGAACAGAGAGAGCGUCGGAGAGCUCGUGCGGAAAGCUCAGAAGGAAAUGACAGAUAGUGCGAAGGGCAUCAGUGAUGAACUCAUUACUCUGGAAGUGACGUCAUCAGAUGUCCCUGACCUUACCGUCAUAGACCUGCCAGGUAUUGCAAGGAACGCCGUCGAGGGUCAGCCGUUGGAUAUUGAAGCGAGGAUUAAAAAUAUGAUCCGUAGAUACAUUAGACGCCAGGAGACUAUCAUCCUUGCUGUUCUACAGUGUAAUGUGGAUAUAGCCACAUGUGAGGCACUCAAAAUGGCAAAGGAGUUUGAUGCCGAAGGUGGCAGAACUCUGGGAGUUCUAACAAAGCCGGACUUGCUGGACAAGGGAGCCGAGACGGGCGUGGUGAGGAUCCUCAACAACAUGGAGUUCACACUGUCCAAGGGCUACAUCAUUGUCAAGUGUCGAGGCCAGGAGGCUAUAUCGGACGGCCAAUCCUUGAAACAGGCGCUAGAAGUAGAAGAAGAAUUCUUCAAAAGUCACAGACAUUUUAGCUCCUUGCGACCAUCUCAGUGGGGAAUCCCCAACUUAUCAGGUAGACUAUCACGUGAGCUGAAGAUACACAUCAAGAAACGGUUACCGGGCCUGAAGGAGGAUGUGCGCAACAAACUUCUUGAGACGGAGUGUGACUUACAUGAACUUGGCGAGGAUCCGCCAGCGACAGCCUCAGAGAAGCGGCAGAUGGCUCUCCGGAUGGUCACCGAGUUUAUCGACAUUGCCACCACGUUGACGAAUGGAAAACGUUGCGAUGACCCCAAGUUUCCGCCACAGAUUAACACCUUAUUCAGUGUUGCUCGCGGGUCUUUCGCAGAGUUGCAUAAAACCGCUGCUCAAGAGCAACCAGACACAAAGGAUCGGACACUGAAGACCGAACUACAACUGAGAAUGGAAGUGUCCCGAGGUCGAGAGUUCUGUAAUUUUCUGGGCAAAUUUGAACUGGUUGAAAGUUAUGCUCGGGAAUACGUCUUGAAAUUGGAACCACCUGCGCUUCGCUGCUUCGACGAAGUACAUAGCAAGACGAUAGAAAUUCUAAAGAUCCUAGCAGAAAAGUGUUUCGAGAAAUUCCCUGAUUUUGCAGACAGAGCAAAGGAAAUUAUCAUGAAGACAAGGAAAGCGACUCAAAAUGACUGCAAAGAGGAAAUACAGAGGUAUUUCAAGAUGGAGAAUCUCGUGUACUCCCAGGAUCAAACGUAUGGCGGCGAGUUACGAAAAGAAGAGGAGAAACGAAGGGAAGAAGAGGAGGAUGUAGCAGAGAGGAAACAUAAGGCAGCGUCAAAAUUUAACGUUCAGAUAGGCUCUGUAAAGGAUGAAGAUGUGAACGGUAUCGGCAAGGCAUUGCUGAGUCUAAAAUCCUAUUACCAGAUUGCUGCACAGCGUCUCUGUGACGUCAUCCCCAUGAUCAUCCAGCUGCACGUGUUCAAGGAACAGGUGGAGGAUAUGCGAACCCAGCUGAUGGACAUUGCUUCUGAUGAAAAGACCAUGGACCACAUCGAGGAAGAUGUAGACAUGGCCUAUAAGCGGAGAGAAUGCAAGUCUCGUCACGAGAGACUCCAGCUGGCGGAGGAAGAACUUGACAAAAUCUAAUUUUCAUUAAUGUCAAUCCAUGCUCUGUCUCUGCUUGCUUCUGUCACCGAUCAUCGUUGUCCUGACAACCCAUCUGUAAUUUCUUUAAUGCAUUGACAUAUGUUAAUGAUGUAUUGGGAAUCGUCCCAAGCCAGCAGGAAUCAAGCGAUCGGUAUGCUGCAAGAAGGGGCAACUCAAGUGAUCAUCGCCAGGUGUGUUAACGUCCAUCCAUGCACGAUAACUCGACUGUGGCAUCGUUUCAACCUUUUGGUGCUUUUGGGACCCGCUGUGUCUCUGCUUGCUUCUGUCACCAAUCAUCGUUGUCCUGACAACCCAUCUGUUAUUUCUUUAAUGCAUUGACAUAUGUUAAUGAUGUAUUGGGAAUCGUACAAUGGACUCUUUUAUUUAUACGGAUAAAAAGUUUCUCCAUGGCAGGAAACGAAGCCAUUUUGGUUUUGGAAUGGACGAAUGUAUCAUUCCGUAUUACGUGUUAUUAUAACUGUUCAUUUUCUAAA